AUGCCGCAGGUGCCGCCGUCGCCGGCGCCGUCUCUUACAGCCACACCACGCCAAUCUAUGCGCAUGAAGCGUAUGCAGUUGAUUCUUCAAAAGGCACUUGAAGUAUCUGUGCACGCGGCAUCUCUUGUGGAUCUACGUGCGUGUCUGGAGAACGAAUGUCGUGGGGACGAAGAGCUCCUCGCCGCCUUCUUCCCACCUCCAACGCCAGAGAGCUCAGAACAGGACAAUACAGAGGAAGUGGCAGCGCAGGCAGUGAUGAGCUUGAGACAGAAGGUCGAGACGCUGUUUCAGUGGCUUUGUGAGACACACGACGUGGAUGCGGAGCUGUUGGAGCUGGAAGAUGUUAUCCGACAGGCGGAAGAGCGACGACUGCGUCAAGUGGAGACAAAACAGAUAGAAGAAGAGGAGAAGAAUGAGCUGGAGACGAAUCAGGAGAAAGAGCCGAAACAGGACAAGAUAACACCUGAAGCUUUAAUUCGAGCGGAACGGCUGCGUGCCAAGCAAGAAGAGAAAAAGGAACUAGAGAGACUAGUAGAGACUUUGGAGACAAAGAACAAGGAGCUGCAACGGAUUGUGGAAGAGAAACGACGACAGGCAACUGCAGAUGCCCAGCAGAUGCAACGUGCUGCAAUUCAACUCGAGCAGGUGAGCCAUCUUGCUAAAGUUUACGCCACAAAUCCACCUGAGCGAGCUCUGCGCAACUCUUAUCUUGGUAGCUUGGUGGUUGCUAGUUUCGUCGGCUUUGAAGAAGUUAGCUCUGCAAGCAGGCAGGCAACGUGCCAUUCGGUCCUGGCAUGGAAUUCUGGAAGCAGUUGUGUGCUUCCAAAUAGCACUGUAUCGCUGCGGACGGCAUCGUACAAGACUUUGUCACUCCAGGUCAUGACCGCAAGGACAACCCCGUGUUGGGCCAGAGAGGCUGCGUAA